AUGGUCCAGUAUGGCAAGCAGGGCUUCUCCGUUUGCGUGCAGUGUGGCAAUUGGGCGUGGAACUGGAGGCUCAAGAAGCAGAAAGGGGUGUGCACGGUAUGCGACACCCCCCAGCCUGGCUGGAGUACGACGACGAGCGGCACGUGGUGGGCGCCGUGGUCCUCGGGCGGUGGGCGGCACGACCAUGCGAAGUCCCUGCCGUCUCUCGCCAACUUCGGGGACUACCUGUCGAAGGCUCUCGCUGGUGCAGGGCUCGAUGGGGACCCAGAUGCUGCGCGCCUGGCGACGGAGUUCAGCACCCUGGCGUCCCAGAAGCUGGCGGCGGUCCUUGCGCCGCCGCCCAAGCCCCAGCACGCGCUGCUCAAGGAGGCUACGGCGGAUUGCUCCCGCAAGCAGGAGGCCCUGGAGAAGGCCGCCACGAAGCUGGAGCAGUCCCGCCUCCAGCUCGAGAGGGACCAGGCCAAGUUCGACGAGGCGGCGGACGCUGUCUUGGCUGCCGAUCUGUAUCGCUUGGAGGUGCAGGAGGCGGCGAACCCGCCCGAGGCGGCCACCAAGCAGUCGGGCUUCGUCCUGGACCCUGGGCUGUUCGAGUGCCUCGAGGAGCUGGAGGAGUCCGACAGGAAGGCGCUGGAGGAGUUUCAGAAGCAGCUGGAGGAGGUCACCCAGCUGGUCGACGCCAAGCAGAAGGAGUUCCAGGAUCUGCUGGAGCGCACGAGGCUGCUGGCGCUGGCAAAGGCGGCAAGGCGGGUGCAGGCAAGGACGCUGCUGCUGCUGGUGCUGGUGCAGGCCGCGUGUAGCAUCACUUGCUCCCCGCCCUGCAGGGGGGAAGCUGCAGGAGUACCUCAUUCAGAGUCUGAUGGCAACAUUACGGAGUGGGGCCCACAGGCUGCGCGGUUCAUUGCUCAGGAGCAGGAGCGCAGCAUUGUGGCCCUCGUUGAGACGCACAAAGGUGAAAAGGACAUGCCAGGCAUCUGCCAGGCCAGGAUUGGAGCCUUGCCUGAUGACAAGACGGUCGAGUACUUUGGCAAGAAGUCCACCGCGCAGCAGAUCGACUUGUGGAAAGCAAUGGGAUGCGAUGCGUCAGGUGCCAUCGCCACGGACAAGCAGACGAUGCUUCAGACUUCGGCUUCUGAAUGGAAUGUGAUGUGGCAUGAUCCUGUCGACCAGCCUGCUGAUAUUUUGUAUAUGAUGGACCAGUGCCUCUCAGCUGCGCGAGACAACCCACUUCCUGCCAUCGCCAUCAUGGACGUGGAUGCUGUGCUGCCCUCGCUACCAGCGAAGAAGGCGAAGGGCGUGGACGUGCUGAACCCCGUGGAUAUUCAGCGGCAGCCCUUGGUGGCAAGGCGUGAUGCUGCUGCGAGUGUGGCUGGGACGAAGCGUGGCGGGUGCUUGAAUUCUGUAUUGCAAGCGGUGUUUGGGCUUUCUGAUCCUGGCAUUGAUCUGAGGAAGCAGGUGAUCAAGGAGUGGAUUGCGCUGUGGCUCUCCCAGCCGAUGCUCCAUCCUCGCAUGCGCAAGAUGUGGCCGAUCACUCUGGCGAAGCUACGGCGUGGCUCUGCUGAGAGACUUGUGGUGAAGUGGAAGGAUGUGCGCGGCCCCAUCGCCGCGGUGCAGGCCACGCUCUUGCAGGUUGGCUGGGAUCCACAGAGCCCCGGUGUCUGGUCGCGCCCAUUGGCUGAUGGAACCAUCGAUGAUUGGCUGUUUCCUGCUUUUGGCGACGAGCAGUUCUCUUCAGCGGUGCCUUCGCAUUUUGAAGACAUGCUUGGCGCCUUCAUGGAUGAUUGUGUCCAGCUGCAGUGGAAGGAAGCGGCCCACCACGAAGCAGGUGAGGAUCUGGCAGCUGGUGCGGACAUGACGACGGUGCAGAUUGAGCUGAACCGCCUGGCUGCCAGGUCCAAGUUCGACGAGUGGGCCGCAGACAUUGCCGUCAUCUCGGGGGGCCAGUGGACUCGUGAGCGGCAGAGAGCCCAGCCUGCCUUGUGGCUUAGGGGAGUGCCCUCGAAGGACCUCACGGAAAAUGUGCAGUCUGUAACCUCCCUUUUUGAUAUUUUUAUGUGCCAGGGCAACGCCAGUGCCGACGCCUAUGCGGGGGUGGUGGCCCAGUGGUCCUGGGAGUGGUGCGUGGCCCGCAAGCUCACUAAGUUUGUCCAGGCGAUCGGCGAGAGUGCGCACAAGCUUCGCCCGUUCGCUGGUCGCUGGCGUUGCAACGUCUGCAAGGUGAUUGUCCCGAGGAGCCAAGUGCUCACUUUCGCCUCGACCCCGUGCCGCGUCCCGACCCCGUCGCCGUCGGAUUCGCCCGGCAUGCUGGGUCUGAGCCCUGAGUUUGGUGAGGGUUUCGAGGCGAUCUCGGGUGAGGCGUGGCCACUGGUGGAGAGGCCCAGUUUCGAUGAGUAUCUGGCCCGCUCCUCCGAUCGCCCUGUCGGAGAGCUGGCCAACCUGAUGUCGGUCUGCGAGGACGCCCCACCCGUGGGCGAGGACGCGGCUGCUGCCUUCGCUGCCGCCGCCGCCCGCUUGUGUGUGGUGAAUGAGUUUGAGGAGACCGCCGCCCAGCUCGGAGCCCAGGGUCAGGGGCAGACAGUGCUCGCUGGUGCUCGUGUGCAGGGGUUGGGCGGCGGGGGCGUCGACAGCGGUGACAGCGACUGUACUGGCCACGUGGGCCGGCCCCCCCAGGGCCGCCCGCUGGCGGGGGCGGCGCCGUGCCGUGCGCGGCGCGGCAUGGGCGCGGAGUGGCUUGCCGGCAUGAAGGUGGAGUAUUUUAGCCCAUCCUUCAACGAGUGGAUCCCGUGCCGCGUCGCGCUCGUCCACCCUGGCGGCCAGCUCAAGCUGGAGCACCCCGACGGUUCCGUCCUGAAGGAGUCCGCCGAGCCCAGCCGCGUCCGCCCCGCGGUGAGCAAGGCGCCGCGCACGCCGCCACGGGCGGUCCGUCGUGGCCUCGGGGCCCCGAGGUGCACCAGAGACCCAAGCACCGCGCAGAACAGCAUGCCUUUCAUCGGCGACGGCGAAGCAUAA